AUGGCUGUUAUGAAGGAAAUUAAUACAAGAGAAAACAAUGAAUCCAGUAGGACUCUCAGCACGGAGGUUGAUAAGAUCAACGAUCAUGGAAUUACUUCGGCGUCUCUUCCUUCUUUAGAUGUGGAGAGGACUACAGAUGUAUGGGGGGAUUCCGCGCAUAUAGCGUUACUAUCUACUUCACACGAGGCCAUGGCUACAGUUUCAACACCUCCGAUAGUUCAACUAUCAGAAGGACCUGAGACUAGCAAAUCAAGUAUGCAUUUUUCGUUUGUUAUUGUGAAGAGUAGUCUGGUAUCAGAGUGGGGUAAGGGCGACCACCUUGAGACACUGCGUUGCUUUAGCGAGGAGACAGUGACUUCGUGUAUCGCUCAUGCAGCUGUGCACUUCAUUCAAACGGAAGCAUUGCAAAGGGAUUUAGAUAGACCAGAAAUAGUAGAAAUAGAUGAACUCGAACUGAGACAAGCUGAGGAAAUUCAUGUAGAGCGGCAGACAGAUAAAAGCGCAGCUGAGGCCGUUUACUGUUUCAAGGAAGCACACGGGGCAGUAAAGCUUUUUUCUCAGCUGGAAGGUGCGGGCCAACAUGGGAUCAUGAAGUAUGAAGACGAAGAAAGACGAAUGCUGCUUUAUGAGAAGCGCGAAGAGACUCCGAGUGCCUCUGAUGAGGUCACAACUAAACGAUGUGUUGAGCAGACUAGAAUAGAGGAAAACCUCACAGUUGAGGUCAGGAACGAGACGGAAAUAUGGCAGACAGGCAUGCCUAAGUAUGGCUUGAUGAUGCAGGCCAUGAUUGAACCUCUUGUGCAUGAGUUGUUAAAUGACUGUAUAUUAGAAGCAACUGCAAAGCUUAACUGCUAUGAAAGAUUAGAUACUGAGAGCGAGUCUCGAGGUUCUGGUAGUAAGUUUGAUGCCCGGAAAGAGCCCGAAGAGCAGAGUACGAGAGCAGACACCGUCACAACGGAUCAUAAGGUCGUUAACUCCAACUCACAGUUAGUUUCUUUGGCAUCGGAUCCUCGACUUUUCCCCAAUGAGGAGGAUGGUGAUGCCUGGUCGGUAGCGCCGUCCUCAUCUCACGUCGAUGAUGGUGCGAUGGGCCAUACAAAGGGCACGUUGAGAGAGGAUAGGACUACCGAUGAAGAGCAUGGUGAAGCACUUAGUGGCGACACUGAGCUUUCGUACUGUGAGAACCGCAGCGACAUUAUGAAGAAUUAUAUUACCAGCGCUCCUGACCUAGCAUUAGAUACCCAUCUUGUGAUUGGGACACACGCAGAAAGAAAAGCACUGGAUUCCCUAGAAUUUAGUGGGAUGCCGAGUGCCACGUCCAUAGUUCUACAUGCCUGUGACAAUAUCUUUGCCAGUUUUCUUCAGGAUGGGGCAACACAAGCCAUGUCAACCGAGCUCUCAAAUAUGAGUCAGUUGGAGCGCAUAAAUGAAGUUGACAAAUCAAUUCAAUCAACUGUUUAUUCAGUAAAGGAGGGUGGUUCAAUAGAUUCAACACCAAUAUCGCUAUCUAUGCAAACAAUUUUAAGAAUUGAGGACAAUGACAACACACCACUACAGCGUCCAGGUGAAGCGAGGGGUGAAGUGAGCCUUCCCAUGAAGGGUCAAGUGGCGGGAGUCACUGUAACGCCCAUAGCACUGAGAUUCUUCUCGGACCACCUUCUAGACGAGUAUCUGGCUUUGGCCUUUCACAAUUUCAUAUCUGUGGGCGAAGCCAAGUCCUCUGUAGAGCCUCAUGAUCUCAUCACUCGCCGCAUAUUCCCAUCUUCUCUAUCCCCUGCAACAGCUGGGGUUCCUGCGGUUGCAUCGAAAAGUGACUUUUACUGUCGACUUGACGAUUCAGCGGCUGUACGUGCGGUGGUGACUUAUCUUGUGGGUGAUGCGCUCCAGUUUGUGAAGGAUCUCGAGGCAUCAUAUUCGCUAUACUCUACAUGUGAGUUUAACCGCGACGCUGACACAGUGAAUUGUAGCAAAACCACAACUGAAACCCCUGCGUCAACCAUCUUAGAGCAUCUGAGAUGUGAUCAGGUGCAGCGUAUUAUGAAAAAAGGAAUAACCCUUGCCCUGCAAGACGUCAUCCACGCCUCGGGCUCUUCGGCUUUGGGUGGCUUAAGGCUCCUUGAGUCUGCGAAGGGGAAUGGAGAUGGUCCAAGCGAUCAAGGUGAAAUCAAUGUCAGGGAGGGGGCCGAGCUCUACUUGAUUUCUCACCCAUUGCCACCCGAUUGGGAUGCCGCGGCCGACGUCGUCACGGAGCGCCUUGCGCGUGAUUUGAUUCGGAGUGCUGGAAUGAUGGUCUUGAAGGGCCGUGCCUAUAACAUGCUGUACUCUGACCGUUUUACUACUGAGUAUACCACAGACUUAGAUUGCUUUAGAGCUGUGAGGUUACACGAAGUAUUUUCGCCAUCUCAUCUUUCCACGCGUGAUGUGGAGCUACUCUUCUUUUUCUACGUUGAGCAAGCCCGGGCGCUGGGGGUCGGCGGGUCCAAUCCAACACAGCUAGGUGAAGUCCAGGAUGCGAGUGGCGCCACACUCGACAGCAAGUUUGAGGCUGAAGAAGAAGAUGCAACAGUCAAUAAAGCCAACAGAGAUUCCUCGCCGCCUAUAUCUGCACUUGCAGCCCAUGGAUCGUUAGGUGCUCCCAUUUUGAUACCAGGAAGUGGCGUCAACGACGGUGUGGCCGCCACAGCAGUGGAGGCAGCGCUCGCACAGACUGAUGCAAAGCACGGUCUGGAUGCAAGAGGGCAGCUCCCCCCAUCCGCGCUACCGAGUGAACGCAUAAAUUUAUUCACUCGAUUCAAUUAUGAGAGUGGUUCAAGUAGGGAGGACACUAGUAAUCGUUUAAGGGGCCCACGUGUCAAUGUUCAUGAAAACACAAGUAAUCGUAGCGAAUCAGGCGGUAGAGAGGAUUACCAAGCAUAUAUUAAUGUCUCGUUUAUGGAUGCUCAGCGUUCGGGCGUAUCGCAGUUAGUCUUAGGGCAUUGCUUGGAGAACAUCAUGGAUGAUAUGGUGAUGGACACCGUGACAUGGAUAUUUAAGCUGAUUAGCUAA